ACACACAUUUACACACAACGAGUACAGCUUCAAGGUAGGGGCGGUCGAUACACACAUUUACACACAACGAGUACAGCUUCAAGGUAGGGGCGGUCGAUACACACAUUUACACACAAUGAGUACAGCUUCAAGGUAGGGGCGGACAAUACACACAUUUACACACAAUGAGUACAGCUUCAAGGUAGGGGCGGACAAUACACACAUUUACACACAAUGAGUACAGCUUCAAGGUAGGGGCGGUUGAUGCACACAUUUACACACAACGAGUACAGCUUCAAGGUAGGGGCGGUCGAUACACACAUUUACACACAAUGAGUACAGCUUCAAGGUAGGGGCGGACAAUACACACAUUUACACACAACGAGUACAGCUUCAAGGUAGGGGAGUUCGAUACACACAUUUACACACAAUGAGUACAGCUUCAAGGUAGGGGAGUUCGAUACACACAUUUACACACAACGAGUACAGCUUCAAGGUAGGGGCGGUUGAUACACACAUUUACACACAAUGAGUACAGCUUCAAGGUAGGGGCGGUUGAUACACACAUUUACACACAACGAGUACAGCUUCAAGGUAGGGGCGGUUGAUACACACAUUUACACACAAUGAGUACAGCUUCAAGGUAGGGGAGUUCGAUACACACAUUUACACACAAUGAGUACAGCUUCAAGGUAGGGGCGGUUGAUACACACAUUUACACACAACGAGUACAGCUUCAAGGUAGGGGCGGUUGAUACACACAUUUACACACAAUGAGUACAGCUUCAAGGUAGGGGAGUUCGAUACACACAUUUACACACAAUGAGUACAGCUUCAAGGUAGGGGCGGUUGAUACACACAUUUACACACAAUGAGUACAGCUUCAAGGUAGGGGCGGUUGAUACACACAUUUACACACAAUGAGUACAGCUUCAAGGUAGGGGCGGUCGAUACACACAUUUACACACAACGAGUACAGCUUCAAGGUAGGGGCGGUUGAUACACACAUUUACACACAACGAGUACAGCUUCAAGGUAGGGGCGGACAAUACACACAUUUACACACAACGAGUACAGCUUCAAGGUAGGGGCGGUUGAUACACACAUUUACACACAACGAGUACAGCUUCAAGGUAGGGGCGGUCGAUACACACAUUUACACACAACGAGUACAGCUUCAAGGUUCCAGAGUUUGAUGGUAAGAAUGUGUCGUCGGUGAUGGGGUUCGACAGUAACCAGCUGCCUGCCAACGCACCCAUCGAGGACCGGCGCAGCGCUGCCACCUGUCUGCAGACGCGGGGGAUGCUGCUGGGAGUGUUCGACGGCCAUGCGGGCUGUGCCUGUGCACAGGCGCUGAGUGAGAGGUUGUUCUACUACGUAGCCAUGUCCUUGAUGCCCCAUGAGACCCUGUGUGAGCUGGAGGCUGCAGUAGAGGCAGGCAGACCCCUCAGCCCCAUCCUGCAGUGGCACAAACACCCCAACGACUACUUCACCAGGGAGGCACAGACUAUGUACUUCAACAGCCUCAGAACUUACUGGCAGGAACUCAUAGACCUCAGCAGUCCAGGGGAGAGCCUAGGGCCCAGAGAGGCGUUGCUGAGUGCCUUUAAGAGACUGGACAGUGACCUGUCUCUGGAGGCUCAGGUGGGAGACGCCAAUUCCUUCCUCCACUACUGGGUUCUGAGAGUGGCCUUCUCUGGAGCGACUGCCUGCGUAGCUCACAUCGAUGGAUCCGACCUGUAUGUAGCGAACACGGGCGACGGCCGGGCGGUGCUGGGGGUCCAGGAGGAGGACGGCUCGUUCAGCGCUCACACGCUCUCCAACGACCACAACGCCCAGAAUGAGAACGAGGUGGCCCGCAUCCAGGGGGAGCACCCCCCCUCUGAGAAGAAGACUGUCGUACGACAGGACCGGUUGUUGGGCCUGCUGAUGCCGUUCCGUGCGUUUGGAGAUGUGAAGUUCAAGUGGAGCAUUGACUUGCAGCGAGGUGUGUUGGAGUCAGGACCAGACCAGCUCCAUGACAACGAACACACCAAGUUCAUCCCCCCCAAUUACCACACCCCUCCCUACCUCACGGCCGAGCCUGAGAUCACACACCACCGCCUCCGACCUCAGGACCGCUUCCUGGUGCUGGGUACAGACGGGCUGUGGGAGACGCUCCAUCGACAGGAGGUGGUCCGGAUCGUAGGGGAGUAUCUAACGGGGGUCCACCAGCGCCAGCCCCUCACCGUGGGGGGUUACCAUGUCACCCUGGGACAGAUGCAGGGGCUGCUGGCUGAGAGGAAGGCCCGUGCCUCCUUGGCGUUCCAGGACCAGAACGCUGCCACCCACCUGAUUCGCCACGCGGUGGGCAACAAUGAGUUUGGAGCAGUGGACCACGAGACGCUGUCCAAGAUGCUGUCUCUGCCUGAGGAACUGGCCCGCAUGUACCGCGAUGACAUCACCAUCAUCAUCACACAGUUCAACCCCCACGUGGUUGGACACCAGCGCCAAGGGGGGGAGUCCUGAGCCAGCUCAGCCUAUCAGAGGGGAACGUGGACAUGAACAGGAAGUUGACUUUCUAGGAGGAUAAACAGGUCCAGUGAGGACUGGGUCUUGCUACAGACACAUGGUUAACGUCUCAUCUUUAUUUUACCAAACACACACAAAACAUACUGUUAAUGGACUAACCCUGCAGAGGGAGGACUGCCAACCUUCGGACUCCUUAUUUUAGGAUUGUUAUUGAAGAGGUGCGUGUACAGUAUGUGCACAUGUGAGCACACAGUCCUGGUCAUGUGGAUUGUUGAAAUGCUUGCUGAUACUGAUCACAAGUUGGCUCUUUUCUGAGUGUUGUGGCCUGGUAUGAAGCUUUUUAAAGGAUAUUUGAUCAACCUCCCUGCAGCAUUCUGCUUCUCUGCUCUGUCACAGUCUCUGCCCAUAGGACACUUUCAUUUGUGCCUAAAGAGUUUGCUGCUUUAUAACUAUGUUGUCUGAGCAUUGAGGUAAUGAUACAGUGGCAGCCUUUGUGUUUGUUCAAUCUGGCCUGUCUACUCCUCUACAAACAUCCCUCCCUAUUUCAUAUCACAGAUUGUGUGCUGUGCAGUUGCAGCAUCUGUCUUGCUCUAGAGCUGCAACUGGCCUCCAUCCUGGCUCUACCGCAUGGCUCUGCUGUUACAUAGUUGGGCUCUGUCUGUCUGUGUUCUGUCAUUGGAUGGAUCAGUGUCCUUUAUACUUGUUACAGACGGACAGCCAAGAGCUCCCAGGCACACUUCUUGUUAUCUUAUAUUUUGAAUAAUGUUUAUUUAAAAUGUUUUUAAUCUGAUUUCAAACAUUGACUAUUUUGUCAACCUUCGAGAGGAAUAACUGCCUGUGUCUAUAAAGCAGAUGUUAUUGCUCUGAGACAGACGGCGUCACUAAGAUAGGAACCAGUAGAGCUACGUAGUGUGCAGGCUUUAGAUCCAGCACUAACACCUCUAUCACAACUACUCACCCACAGGAAUCAGGUGUGUUAUGCGCUGAGUGUGUCUGAGAGAUUCUACAGCAGACUGAAGGAGUGGUGGUAUUCUGUAGAGGAGAGAGAGAGGGGUGUGUGAUCAGACGUUUAUUGUUUUAGGGUUGCAGAGUAUACAUGUUUCAAAGGAACAUAGUGGUUGAACCUCUCGUGUUUUUUGACAAUUAUACUCUCAUACGGGGGGGGUGGUAUACUAACGUCAUCAUGCUUACAUGGUGUGUAUUCUAUCAAAAAUGUUUUUAGAAAGUUAACUUUUUAGUUUUUAACAGUGAAUCAUUGCUAGCCUGGUGUCAGAUCUCUGUCUGAGGUAACCAUGGAAUUAGGAAUUGAACUGUAACCAUCUCCUGUCAUGUUCAUGCCAGACCUCCAGGAGUGACUAAAACAGAGACAGACUUAGUCACUGUUGGCAGGACACUAACCGUGGUGUGCUUCUAGGCUUGUAUAGGUCAGAUGAAGGGUGUGCAUCAUAUGUAUAUCUCAUGGUGGUGUAUAUUUAGGAGAGGAGAGAAUGUAAAGCUGAAGGUGGCUCUGUUUUGUACGCUGGCUGAAUACUUCAAGGUUAUUUAUGCAACUUUUAAUAUGUCGCAGGUAUUUAUCCACAAUUAUAUGAGAUGUGACAGGUAUGUAUGUAUGUACAGUGUCUUUACCUGUUUGGGCUUGAGACUAAAGUUUUUUUGUAUUUGGAAACUUAAUAAAACACUGACUACACACAA